AUCUGUCGUGUCGCUACUUUCUUGAUACCACUGCAAAGGACCGAAGGCCACAACCAUGGCGACCAACACAGCACCAUCACACAAAUACCCGCUGGUAAAGCUCCCACACCCGUUCUUGACUGUAUAUCGCGUGCGUACUGUUGCCGAAACCACGCCGCAGAGACUCAGCUUGACACUAGACCACCAGCCGGUAGCUGGACGACCUCUGCCCCAACCCUUACAUCUUGACACACUCUCCUGGUUUGAUUUAUUGUCUGUAUCUGAAAGCCAAGCUCCUCCGAGCUCCGAUAACAGUGCCUGGGCGCGAGCCCGGCGAAGUCCACAGACCACCUUCCAAUGGGCGGGAGUCAAUCCUCCUUCUUUGGGGCAGAUCUGGAAUGUGGUCCAUGCGAUUUAUCUCGCGCAUCCCACAAACGAGGAUUUUCGAGUCACACUGCGCGGCACCGGCAAGGAGAUUGUCCGGAAUGAGCUGCUCCAAACGGGCUUGGGCCUGGAGCACCCGAAACCAUGGCGCUUUUCGGGCAAGAAGAUCGAGGAUUCGGAAGAGAUCUUGAUUCUGCGAAGUUCAUUCUGGCAGGGUGCAGCUUCUCCGGCUGGUCCGCGCCCGAUCUGGGUGGUGGGAGAUAACACAGAUGGUCCUCUGCGCGAAUCGUUAGCUCAGUACCCGGUCAUGCCUGAGAACUAUCAGUUGACAAUGAAGUUCCCGGAGGAGGCGGUCUAUACUCGUCACCCGGUCCGUCGCCCCAAGCCCCAUCCGGGAUCGAUUGUCUAUAGCCGCUACAUUCCCGAUCUUGAGGAGCACUUUUCCCUGGAGGCCGUCAACUGGCAAGACCCCGAGCACUUGAAGCUCUUCAAUACAUGGCAAAACGACCCACGUGUUGCAAAGGGUUGGAACGAGACUGGAACUCUAGACCAACAUCGGGAGUAUCUACGCAAGCUUCACUUUGAUCCUCAUGUUCUUUGUCUGUUUGGACGUUUUAAUGACUCUCGCUUCUCUUACUAUGAGUUGUAUUGGGCAAAGGAAGAUCACUACGGCGCCCAUUACGAUGCGGGAGACUAUGAUCGGGGUCGCCACUCUCUUGUCGGCGACGCUUCUUUCCGGGGUGCACAGCGGGUCAAUGUGUGGUACUCCAGCUGCAUCCAUUAUUGCUUUUUGGAUGAUCCGCGAACUGCAAAUGUGGUGGGAGAGCCCAAAGCCAGCGGCGCCACUAUUCUGUCAUACGAGAAUGCGCAAGGUCUGGUCAUUGGCAAGUACGUGGACCUGGGCCAUAAACGCUCCGUGCAUUCAAUCUGCAGCCGGGAGAAAUGGUUUCAGCUGUGUCCACUGUUCUGGGAUGGCCGCGAGAGGCCCUUGGAAUCUGCGGACCGCGCAGCUUGGAAUGCAAAACUCUAGCACCGCUGUGAUUCUAGGUUUUUUUUUUGUUUUUUUUUUACAGUACGGAGUAAGGACCAGGAUAUCAUGGAUGAUGGAUUGUUUCAAAGCAGAGUUGACUUUAUAGUCUCAGAUGCCCCUCCAUGGGC